AUGAGCUUUCUUUUCAAAUCGAAAAGUAGGAAAAAGCCAACAUUGGCCAAGGAUUUGCAAAAAAAUGGUGCUUCAGGGUUCUUCCCUGAGGAUCAAGUGAUGGAAAGUAAUGGUGAGGAUGCGAAUGUAAAUACUUAUAAUGGAUCCAAUGCUUACAAUUUGAUAGAGUUUCCCCGGAUCCUGGAGAGAAGAUUUGGUGAAAGUUUAGGUAAUCGUACCAGAAUGCUUAGUGAAUUGGUAGCAAGUGAUAAAUUGGGAUUGGGACCACCAGAUAUGGUUCAUGCCACGUUGUAUGAUAAAUUUCACAAGGAGGAGAUAGGUGAGUACUUCUUUAUUACAGGUGUUGAUCUUUCUAGUGGUUCUAUGCCUAUUGCUUUCUUGAAUAUGCUAAAACUGAACCAAAUGGAAAAUCAAGCAUCAAGAGAGGGUCAAAUUUCCACUUACUGUUGUGUCAAUAUCUUUAGACAGUUGGAUAUCAGAAUUCGCUAUGAGUCUGAUAAGAAUUUCCAAAUUAAUGCGGUUGAUUGCCAAAAUGGUACCUCCACCGUACAAUUGAGUGAUGCCAUUUGGGAAGAAACUUUUGUCAGUGCAUGUAUGAGAAGUUUUUUGACUAAUGUUGAUGUGGAAAGAAAAUUACCAGGUUUGGUGGAAUAUCCAUUUGCCAUCGCUCAAGGUAGCACUACGAAUUGUAAAAGAGCAAUUACAUCGUUAUGCAAAUUUUUACCAAGAUUGGUUGAAUGUGGAUGGGAUUCUACCAAAAGUGUUCACCCCACGGUUUUACAUAAUAAUUUGACCGAAACUCUACUAAUACUAAUUUCGGUGGCACCAGAUUUAAUUGCAUUCACUUUACAACUGCUGGAAAAACUGGGUCAAGAUGAUCCCAGUAAUAAAGUGUACUACGAUAUUGUUAAAGUUGCCGUUAUGCGUGUACAUGGUGAAAAGGAAUUGGAAAUGAUUGCAUUAAUUGAGAAAAUUUUAUCGUCUUUGUUUCCCAGGUUGCAUCAUACCCCACCAAAAGAUAGCGAUUCCUUGCACUUGGUUAACUGCAUAACGGAUCUGCUCAACUUACAGGCAAAAUUUCUACUAGAAAGAGGUGACAACGAAUUAGCGUUAGCUAUUUCCAAAUUUUCCACGGAAUUAUCCUCGGAUACUUUUGAUUCGUGGUACAAUUUAGCUCAAUCUUAUAUCCAAUUGGAGCAAUAUGAUAAAGCCCUAGUUGCCAUUAAUUGUAUGCCUCGAUUAGCAGAUUCUGAUAAGUACAAGAUGGCACUUUGGAAUCAACCGACGCUGGUGGAUUAUUAUAAAAGACCUCUAGGGGGGGCUCAAUCACGUUGUGAUUUAUCUACUAAUGAAAUUAACAAUUUGAGCAGUACGAUGAAGAAUCAAAAGGAAUCAGAGUUACUGGAAUUAGUCUACGGACGCAUAGUUAUGGCAAAUGAAUCCGGAAGAGGUUGCAUUAAAGAACUUUGGGAAAAGUCUUGCGUCGAUUUAGGACCCAUCUAUGGACCUCAGGCACACAAUUUAAUCAAUUUCGUUUCACCACAGGAAGUUAAAUUAGUUGCAGAUAUCAACCUGUUGGCUCGUAACACUGUCGCCAAGAGUCCCAGCUGGUUCGAAGAGCAAGUUUGCGAUUUACUCAUGGCGCUGGCCGCACGCAUCGGUUGGAAUGGAUUACUACAACUAAGAUCUCAAUUGUUUGUCAUGGAGAAAGAGUACUCCGGUGAUGCGCAAACCGAUUUAAACAGCAGUGGCAAUGCACCCCCAGAGAUUCGUCGAAAACGUCUUUGUGAAAGGUGGUUAGAUCAAUUGUUCUUGGACCUAUAUGAAGAUUUGCGUAUUAGUGCCCUCUCACAGGAACAUAGAGACGUUAAAUACAGCGGGCUGGAAUGGGAAUUAUUGGGUAUUAUCCUUUUAAGGACAUGGAAUUUACACGAUGCCGUAGCAUGUCUACGUACAAGUAUUAUGGCAAGAUUUGAUCCUGUUAGUUGUCAUAAAUUAUUACAGUUGUACAUGAAACAGGAUUUUUAUAACAAUUUGACCUUGGAUCCUGACCUAGUCCUUGAACUGGUCACCAUGCAAAUCGCAUACCAAUCACGGUUCUAUGAUAGCUUCCAAGUGCCGAGCCUGUUAGUGCUCUACAGGCUAUCUGACUACAUUGAUCCAGAUACAAUUCGUAAUAGAAUCAUGGCUUUGCCUUUCGCAGAGAGAGGAAUACUGGCGAUGGUAGAUAGUAUGAUAAACUGGAUAAAGCAGAUGACCAAAGACACACCAGAUGACGGCACAGAUGCGAUUGCAAAUGUAUAG